AGAGAGUCAAAUGAUGAAUGUGUACCCGCGCUGACGACGCAGCGUCUAUGCGCAGGAAGUCAGACGAGCACCGCGUCGUCGUCGUCGUCGUCGUGCCGCCAUAGCAGCUGCACACGUCACCGCGUCUGAUCCUUUCAGCACCGGACAGCGACCGCAGCUCCGCGCAGCCGCAGCGAGGAGGUCGUGCGGCGGUCCGGCCCUUUCUCGGCUAGGGGCGAUGCGCGGCUAGAUGACGUCACCACAGCCACUGGACUGAUAUAGCAGCGCCACACCUCCUCCUCCUCUUGUCUCUCCUCCUCUCCUCCAUCCCCCCCCCGCAGGCACCAUGGGGAACCGAGGCAUGGAGGAUCUGAUCCCGCUGGUCAACAAGCUGCAGGACGCCUUCAGCUCCAUCGGCCAGGCCUGCAACUUGGACCUGCCGCAGAUCGCCGUGGUGGGCGGGCAGAGCGCGGGCAAGAGCUCCGUGCUGGAGAACUUUGUGGGCAGGGACUUCCUGCCCCGUGGGUCUGGCAUCGUCACCCGCAGGCCCCUGGUCCUGCAGCUCAUCAGUGCCAGUGCAGAGUGGGCCGAGUUUCUCCACUGCAAAGGGAAGAAGUUCACCGACUUCGACGAGGUGCGCCAGGAGAUCGAGGCGGAGACGGACCGAGCCACCGGCGGCAACAAGGGCAUCUCUCCCGUGCCCAUCAACCUGCGCGUCUACUCCCCAAACGUUCUGAACCUGACUCUCAUCGACCUGCCGGGCAUCACCAAGGUGCCAGUUGGAGACCAGCCUGCCGACAUCGAGCAGCAGAUCAGGGAAAUGAUCAUGCAGUUCAUCACCAGGGAGAGCUGCUUGGUCCUGGCCGUCACACCCGCCAACUCUGACCUUGCCAACUCCGACGCCCUCAAACUGGCAAAGGACGUUGAUCCCCAAGGUCUGAGAACGAUCGGAGUGAUCACCAAACUGGACUUGAUGGACGAGGGCACAGAUGCCCGAGACGUGCUGGAGAACAAGCUGCUGCCACUGAGAAGAGGCUACAUUGGGGUGGUAAACCGCAGUCAGAAGGACAUCGAUGGAAAGAAAGACAUCAAGGCAGCUCUGGAAGCGGAGAGGAAGUUCUUCUUCACCCACCCGUCUUACAGGCACAUGGCAGACAAGAUGGGGACUCCCCGCCUGCAGAGGGUGCUCAACCAGCAACUGACCAACCACAUCCGGGACACCCUGCCAGCCUUCCGCAGCAAGCUGCAGUCCCAGCUGCUGGCUCUGGACAAGGAGGCGGAGGAAUACCGGGGAUACCGACCGGAUGACCCGUCCCGCAAAACCAAGCAGCUGUUGCAAAUGGUGCAGCAGUUCUCCGUGGACUUUGAGAAGAGGAUCGAGGGUUCAGGAGACCAGGUGGACACGGUGGAGCUGUCGGGUGGAGCCAAGAUCAACCGCAUCUUCCACGAGCGCUUUCCCUUUGAACUGGUCAAGAUGGAGUGUGACGAGAAGGAGAUGCGUCGUGAGAUCAGUUACGCCAUCAAAAACAUCCACGGAAUCAGGACGGGACUGUUCACGCCCGACAUGGCGUUUGAGGCCAUCGUGAAGAAGCAGGUCAUCAAGCUGAAGGAGCCGUGUGUCAAGUGUGUGGACAUGGUCAUCCAGGAGCUCAUCAACACCGUGCGCCAGUGUUCCCACAAGCUGGAAAGUUUCCCCAUGCUGAGGGAAGAAACCGAGAGAAUCGUCACGUCUCACAUCCGGGACAGGGAGAGUCGAGCCAAGGAACAGGUUCUGCUGGUGAUUGACAUCCAACUGUCUUACAUCAACACCAACCAUGAGGACUUCAUUGGCUUUGCAAACGCUCAGCAGAGGAGCAGUCAGACCAACAAGAGCCAGAGUUCUGCCACCAACCAGGUGACACACACACAUCUUGUGGUUCCUCCAGGUGUGACAUGUGGCGACCUUCUAAGCUCCUCCCCCUCCCUGCAGGUGAUCCGUAAAGGCUGGCUGACCAUCAACAACAUCAGCAUCAUGAAGGGCGGGGCCAAGGAGUACUGGUUUGUGCUGACCGCUGAGAGCCUGUCCUGGUUCAAGGAUGACGAGGAGAAGGAGAAGAAGUACAUGCUGCCUCUGGACAACCUGAAGGUCCGUGAUGUGGAGAAGAGUUUCAUGUCCAGCAAACACAUCUUCUGCAUUUUCAACACCGAGUCCAGGAACGUGUACAAGGACAACCGCACACUGGAGCUGGCGUGUGACUCCCAGGAUGAUGUGGACAGCUGGAAGUCUUCUCUGCUACGUGCUGGAGUUUACCCUGAGAAGAUCACCACGGUGGAGAGUGAGACCAGUACCGCCUCAGACAACUUCUCCAUGGACCCCCAGCUGGAGCGCAAGGUGGAGACCAUCAGGAACCUGGUGGACUCCUACAUGGCCAUCGUCAACAAGUGCAUCAGAGACCUGAUGCCCAAGGCCAUCAUGCACCUGAUGAUCAACAACGUGAAGGAGUUCAUCAACGCGGAGCUGCUGGCCCAGCUGUACUCUGCAGGAGACCAGAACGCCCUGAUGGACGAGUCCCAGGAGCAGGCCCGGAGGAGGGACGAGGUGCUGAGGACCCACCAGGCCCUGAAGGAGGCUCUGGCCAUCAUUGGAGACAUCUCCACCUCCACCAUCACCGUGCCCAUGCCCCCACCCGUGGACAACUCCUGGGUGGGCGAGUCCAGCGGUGGUCGCAGGUCUCCGCCUCCCAGUCCCACUGGUCCCAGGAGGAUGUCUGCAGGCCAGCGCCCCGGGCCUCGUGGGGCCCCACCGCCACCUAACCGCCCGGGACCCCUGGGGCCCUUCAACAACAGUGCUGAGAGUCCUCAGGCCCCCAGCCGCCCAAACAGGGCCCCUCCAAGUAUCCCCAGUCGACGACCCCCGCCAUCGCCAACACGACAAGUCCCGCCAUAGACGUCCAAAGAUGGACCUCUUCUUCUUCUUCUUCUUCUUUUUCUUCUUCUUCUUCUUCUUCUUCCCCUUCCCCUCUCAGCCAUGCUGCUGUGUUCCUUCCCUCGUGCAGAUCUUCCACUUGUGUCCCUUCACCUGCCACCAGGUGACAUGUAUCUGUGUACCGUAUCGUCUUGUGGUGUACGUGCUCCACCUUCUAGUAUUACACAACCUCCACCUUCUAGUAUUACACAACCUCCACCUUCUAGUAUUGCACAACCUCCACCUUCUAGUAUUACACAACCUCCAGGUCCACCACCUGCUGCUUCAACUUUCUGCUGCCCUCUGCAUUCCCAACGGCAGCAUGGCACACAAGCUGCUUGUACUGCAUGUGUGUGUGUGCGUGUGUGUGUGUGUGUGUGUGUGUGUGUGUGUGUGUGUGUAUGUAUGGGGGG